AUGCUGUUCUCCCCAUCCUCUCGCAAUCGACUGAUCCUACUGUCAACGAUCAUAGCAGCUAGUAUUCUCUUGCUCUACUCGCAGGCCGAGCAAGCUUCCUACGUCUAUGGAUCAUUGUCUCACUACGUCACAUCCCUCUCCACUCCGUGUCUCGACUCGAUACAGCACCAACGGCAGAUACUUCUCUCCUCCUAUGCAGACUCUCUAUCAGGAGUCACUCACGUAGCUCUCCUAGACGCACCAUGGCACCAUAACUCGGGUGAUUCGGCGAUAUGGCUCGGCGAAGUCGCAUUGUUAGAAGCAUUGGGGAUAGAAAUCCGCUAUGUGUGUCAACAUGAUGACUAUAGUGUACCGGAAUUAGAGGCAGCUUUGGAAGACAUACCUCACAGUCAAACGGCUAUACUGCUACAUGGAGGUGGGAACUUUGGAGAUAUAUGGGGAGGACAUCAGAAACUACGAAAUCAGAUAUUGACUGAUCUACCUAAUCGAAAAAUACGGCAUUUCCCACAGACGUUCGAAUUCAAUCUCGACAAACCCUCUGAUCUACUCAAAGAGUCGCUAAAAGCGUACCAGAAUCACCCAGAUGUUGAGAUCGUAGCGAGGGAUAGUGAAUCGCUUAGAUUGUUUAGAGAGACUUUCGCAGGAGUACAAGUCAGACUCACCCCGGACAUUGCUCUAUUCAUCGGCUUUAACCAAGACUCUGCUUUCACCCCUCCCAUCAUGCGUGCUCCUGGAUCCGACAUGGCAAUCCUGGACCUGCAAGGAAGCUUCUACACCUCCUUCGAGCAGUCUUCAGCUCUACAACAAGUGUCCAGUCCGUUCGGCUGGCCAAUAAUGUCUCUCCAAUCUACAGCCCAGUACGACGUCGUGGUAGUAGCCAGAGGGGAUAAGGAAGGCGGACAGAAUCGUCAAGAUGCGGAUGUAUGGAGUGGGCUGAGUGAUUAUAGUGUUGCCAUCAGAGAUUGGGGAGAUAAAUGGGGUAAUAUCAAGCGACCUGUCAAGGCGAAUUUCGGUGAGAUUGAUAAUGGUGCUGGACACAAAACUACUUUUAUGGACUAUUGGAAUCAGGCUGCAUUGUUGAGGGUACAAUGGGCCAUGUCGAUGAUCUCCAACGGAAGGAUCAUCAUUUCAGAUAGACUCCAUACGGACAUUAUGGCGAUUUUACUUGGAAUAGGUCAUGUGGUGAUAGAAACGGGUAGUUUGAGGAAGGUAGAGAGGGUUAGCGAUACCUGGUUGACCUCGUGUAUCAUUCCGGAAGAUACACCAGGUCAGCCAAGAUUGACCGAUGCCAAUACGAUUUUCGUGCAUAGCGAGAAUGAAGCCAUCAGAGCUGCUCAAAGGUUGUUGGGGUGGAUAGAAGGAGGGGCAGACUGGUCGCGUGUACAUGAUGAUUAG